AUCAGUUUGACCCGGUCUGUAUAACCUCGCCUUGAUCCUUUUCCUCCCAAACCAGAAUCAAAUCCCCCUCUUCUCAUCGCCCCAAAUCCGUCCUUUCGACUCCCCAUCCCCAAAAGUUGACAGACUCUGUACAACAAAGUGCUGCUACACCCGCCAACGCGCCCUUCUCCCCGUCCGCACCGGAAAACAGUCGACCACCCUCCAUCAUCGGCUCCGCCGCUUAGCGACGUCGAAGCUCAGCCGGUGUAGAUGGAAAAUGAAGCUGGUCAACAACCCAAGCAAGAGCGCUCAAGGACAAGAUGGACAGCAUCCCUUGACAAGAUAUUUGCCGACUUGGUUGUCAAGCAGAUUCAAUUGGGGAACAGACCAAACAAUGUUUUUGACAAGAAGGCAUGGAAUCACAUUCGUGAUGAGUUCAAUAGGCAGACAGACCUCAAUUUCAAUAACAAUCAACUGAGGAAACAUCUGGAUGUUCUUCGAACACGCUUUCAUAAUUUGAAGUCUGCAUAUGAUCAAAAUAAUGACUUUGUCAUAAAUGAUUCGUGCUGCAUUGGUUUUGAACUCUGGGAAGAUUUGGGGGCUCAGCAUAGGCCUGAAACAGUUAAAGUGAAAGACUGCCCUAUAUAUGAGCAACUAUGCACGAUAUUCACAGAUUCAACUGCUGAUGGGAAAUACGCCCAAUCUAGUCAUUAUGAAGAGUUGGACAAGUCUGUUGGAACCAAUGCUGUUGUCUUAACUUCUUGUCCAGAAGGCGGAGUCUCGCAUACAGAAAAUGCAUCAUCUGUAUCAAAGCCGGUGCAGGGCAAUACCUCAACUCCAGAGAAGGUAACGAAUAAUCCUCCAGUUAAGAAAAAGAAACGUCCAUCUGAGACUCCAACUCCCAGUUUGGAUCAAGACGCGUGUGAUGCUAUGGCCGAGGCUUUGUUAGAGAUGGUUGCUGCUUCAAGGUUAAGGACUGUUGCUUCAACUGUAAGUGAUGAUAAAUAUUCCAUAACAAAUUGCAUUAGAGCUCUGGAUGAGAUAGCAGGCAUUGAUCAGAAGCUCUACCUUUCUGCAUUGGACCUCUUUGAGAACCCUAGUUUAAGGGAGACAUUCCUUUCCUUAAAAAGUGACCAGAUACGACUGGCGUGGAUUCAAGGAAAGUGUGGUAAAAGUACUUCCUCUUAGAUUCAGGUCAUUUUGGGAGUAAGCAUAGAGCAAUGUUGAUCUGCUUAGGCUCAGCGAGCGAAUUUUGUUCAUAAUAUGGCCUUCUUUUGCUGGAAAUGAUACUGGUUUAGUCACCACUAGUCACAACCUGCAGCUGUUUCACUCACCUCUACUCUACUUUUCGUGCACAAUCUUUUGCAUUUUUUACUCCGUCAGAUUUUUUUGGGAAACAGUUGCUGGAGUUUAAAAGGACAAAAACUUAUAUUCUA